ACGAGGCCAUUUCCCAAGCGGAGUUUCCACGACAGCUGGAAGCCGAGCGGUACGGGCGCAUCGCUUCUUUGCAAAAAUUGUUAGAAAUAGCAAGACCUCUGCUCGUUUUAGCACUUCCACGUAAACCCUGGUCUGGCAUGGGCGACAAGAGGAGUCCCACAAGGCCGAAGCGUCAACCGAAGCCCUCCUCCGACGAGGGAUUUUGGGACUGCAGCGUGUGCACGUACAAGAACACGGCAGAGGCUUUUAAGUGCAUGAUGUGUGAUGUCAGGAAAGGGACAUCAACAAGGAAGCCUCGCCCCGUCUCCCAGCUUGUCUCCCAGCAGCAGGUAACACAGCAGUUUGUGUUGCCCUCACAGCCCAAAAAGGAAAAGAAGGAGAGAGUAGAGAGGGAAAAAGGCGACAGAGAGCCGGCACUUAAGAAGAACAGUCACAAGAAGAUGAGGCCAAGAUUAAAAAACAUCGAUCGGAGCAGUGCUCAACAUCUGGAGGUGACAGUUGGGGACCUAACAGUCAUCAUAACAGACUUUAAAGAGAAGGCCAAGCCCUCAUCCACCUCGGCCACCUCAUCCAGUGCAGCAUCAUCGGCCGACCACCACAGCCAGAAUGGCUCCAGCUCAGAAAACACAGAAAAGGGGCUUUCUCGCUCGUCUUCGCCCCGAGGAGAGGGGAGUUCGGUCAACGGAGAGUCCCACUGAGUUACCCUAAAAACCCAGCCUCUACUAACACCUCAUUUGCAAUUUCAAGUCUACAGGUCACUGGUGGAUGAUCCUGCCUCUACCUUAGAGCUGCACGAAAACAUUUUUCUGUGUGUUUUUCUGGAUGUUUCAGUUUCAAGAAGAAUUGUGAACAUAUUUUUUCUACAUCAUGAAUCAGUUCUUUUCUGCACUCUAAUUCUGGAUCCAGUAAGCAAUACAAACACCCUUAGCUUCACCUCGGAGGUGCAGUAGUUUACAUUUUUGCCUGCAUAUUUUAUUCAGUCAAAACGAUACCACAUCUUGUCUGAAGCUUGCUAUCAAAAUAUUACAACAGAUAGUUUUCCAAUGACAAGCUUUUUUCAGGAUUACACUAAGAACCUAAGGUGUCUGUGGUAUCUAUUAUUUGACUGUGUGCAGAUGCACUCACCACUGAAGAUGUUUUUUUCUGAAUAUUUUUGUUGAGUACAAUGUACGCCCUAUCUUGCUUUCAUCAGUGGCCUGCAGAGUGACCUGUUCUUCCUCCAUGUGGCAUUAUCAGCCUGAGUCUGGCUGAUAAUACUUCUGCCUGGAUUCUUUAUCUACCUGAACCAUCUGUUACACCAUCUCCAUGGCCCUACAAUGAACCUUAAAAUGCCUAAAACUUCACAGCAGACUCCUGAUCUUGAUACGCUAAACUUUUUUUCUCCUGAACUGCCUCCACUGUAGAUCUUUGAGUGACUUUUUAUGACUCAGCAUAACUGCUGUGCUGGCACCAUUUGUUGUUUUUCCAUAAUGUCUGGGAAAGGUACAGUACAAAUAUAAUUUAAAGGAUAAUACCAGUGAUUUAGUUUCUUUUUGGUUAUUGCCAAAAACGUAAGUUAGCUCCUCUUUUACUUGAUUCUAAAAGCCUAGCUGCUUUUCAUUAUAUUUGACAAAUACUACAAACGUGUUUCAGUAUGGACAAGUUUUGAAAUGUGUUUUAAAAUCAUGGAAAACAAUUGUCAAAUAAUGAAGAUGGAUAAGGGGCUGUGGCUCUGAAUAAUACUGGUAUUUUCCUUUAAGUGUGUUCGCUGCACACACAGGCCUGCACCUGCUCUGUCCCACAGGAAAACAAUAGGGUGCCGUCUCUGAUCUGCACACAGAGGACCCAGUUUGGAUGCAACUUGGUGUUUGUACCACAGAAAUAGAAUUUUGACUUUAGGACAUUCACAUUUAUUAACUGUACAGGUUGUGGCUUGCAAUGGACUUUGGAAAUUCCAUUUCAAUGCAGGAAAGUGGAGGAACAGUAGGAUAUAGUAAAAUCCCAGCAGAACAACUAUAGAUCCAGCUAACUA